AUGCAAGAUACAAUCAGUCACGCCUAUCAUAAGUGCUAUGAACUUAGUCAACAUCUGAAACACCCAGCCAAAGAUUGCAAUUUCAGAAAACAAUUAAAUUGGUUCAACAUUAAGGCGGUCGAACUUACGUCGGAUGCCGUGGAGUUGAUCGAUUCGGUUAUUCACGGCCUCAAAGAUUCUGAAAUCGACAUCGUUCAAUAUGAUUGGCCAUCGCAUACAAAGACUCUUGAUGAAUCACUAGCAAACCUCUUGAGCUUGAUCAAUCCGUACACCCACGGCGGACGCGAAAUGUUGCAUCCCCUCAGAAAAAUGGCUGUCCAUCUGGAUGAAUUGCUCAUCCCAAUCAUGAAACUUGCGAGACUUUUUUUCCGGAAGUUGUCGCGACUUGGCAUGAAUAACAAAUGGCCCCUGUUUACGAAGAUGUCGCCCCAUGAGCUGUAUGAACUCACUAACUCGCCUAAACAUGCCGCAUCCAACCUUGGCCACUUGGUGUCUCAGAGCCAAACUCGAUGCUUCCUUAUUUUCCAUGAGCCUCCAUAUUGUUCCAAUGAUCGCGGACAACAGCAGCUUCUCAGCUCAAAAACACUUCAUGACCUGGUUGAUUAUGUGGAAGACUGA